UAAAGUAGAUUAUUAUUUAGAAUACGAAUAGUUUUUAGAUAUUUAGUGGGUACAAACAGUGUAAAAUAUUUUAAAAUGUCAGAAAAAACAUUUAUGUCAGUGAAUGAUCAGACAAUUAAAAUUGAAGCACCCGAAUAUUUACCGGAAGACAUUAAACGCGAAAAUGAGUAUGACUUUGAUGAUCUUGAUGCUAUCGUUAAAUCUGAAUCGUGUUUUGAGGAUGAUGAUACGUGUUUAGAUAGAUUCAUGAAUUCCGAGGUGACAAUUGAAGACGAAGUCAAACAGGAGUCUUUCGAUUGUGACAUUUGUAAUCAAUCAUUUGCAGAAUCGCAUCAUCUAACAAAACAUAUGGUCGAUCACAUGCCUAAGCGUAGCAAAGAACGUCCUUACAAAUGUGAAAUCUGCCCAAAGACUUUCAGUCAAUCAAGAGGGUUGAACACACACAUGGUCAUUCAUAGUGGUGAGCGUCCACAUAAAUGCAAUGAAUGCAAUAAAACAUUCACACUUUUAACGCAUUUGAAAUAUCACAUGCUCAUACACAGUGGUAAGCGCCCCUAUGAGUGCAGUACAUGCAAGAAGACAUUCAUACAAUUAAGUCAUCUAAAAGCUCACAUGCCCGUUCACAGUGGUGAUCGCCCCCAUGAGUGCAGUAUAUGCAAGAAGACAUUCAUACAAUUAAGUAAUCUAAAAGCUCACAUGCCCGUUCACAGUGGUGAGCGCCCCCAUGAGUGCAGU